AUGGUGUUGGUUAAGUAUCAUUGUGUCGAAAGUGAGUCUAUCAAGCGUCCCUCUGAUGUCUUUCGCGUUUUUCAGGCUCUAUGUCAAUUCGUUAUACAACCGAGCCUUCAACCGGCAUGGCAGUUGGCCAGGGAAGUUGCAGAGGCGGCCCUGCUAUCCAAACCGGAACCAGGCAGGCGCAUAGCACUUUUCCCCUGGAUGUUCGAUCCUAAAUAUCAUGAACUGGAAUCGAACUCAGUUCAAAAAAGUGGCCUGAGUAGCACGUUCGGUCGCUUCCCGCUUCCCGGCCGUCAGAGGAAACGUGCCUCGGCCAAACCUUGUCACGGGGACUCUUUGAGCGAAUCGGAUGGCUCAAACAGCGAUAGUGACUCCGCUUCACAUUCGACCGGACUUCGUCAAGCCCAUUCUUCCUCAACUUCCCUCAGUUCUCUAGGCAUCAUGAAGCGCUCCAAGUUCGGGAAACAUUCGAGAUUGAAUCAUGCACCAUCGGGUUUUUCGAACAAAGACCUGGCCAACAGCUUCGAAUUCGAGAAUUUACGAUUUAUUAAUGUGGCUUCUCGACGCGUCUUCGUGUGUUGUGCAUGCGGUGGCGCGGGAGAAGAAGCCUUACCUCACCCAGACUUCGACCAACAUGCUGUUGGCACGAGAAAGAACCAAAUGGAUCAGGCUUCAUCCGCAGUUGAGCUGCAGUAUCCGGAAAUUGUCGCUUGCGUCGGCGGCUGUGGCAACUAUGUCCACCCAGCUUGCGCGCGCACUGUAGAUCUACCGGUGAUGAAGAGCAAACCGACGGCAGCAACCACUGUCAACGGGCCGUCCAACCAAGACCCGAAGGCAGUUCUGACGGAAGGUACUUUGGAACAUGGUGUCCCCAACGAACCGGAACGAGUAGCAGAUGACGCUCAGGGACACCGUUCCGGUUUCGUUUGUGAAUUGUGCCUGUCCGGACUGAGACGAUGUUUCAUCUGCCAUCUCACCCAACCAUUUGUGCCCCUGUUUGCUCGUCCACCAACUCCGAUUCCAGAUCAUUCAACGGCCGUUGAUGACAUAUCCACGCCGACAGUUAGCGUUCCUUCUUCUCCCACCCGAACUGAAGUGCCUCCUAACGACCCUCUCUCGACUACUGUAAAUACAGUCCCUGAAAUUCCCGCCUCCACACCGCACGAGAAUGAAAGGACUGAGGAAGCGGACCAGAUGAUACGUUGUUCCGUCAAACCCUGUCGAAAGUGGUUUCAUCCAAGCUGCCUACGAAAGCCACCUUUCAGCACUGUGGUACGCGAACGACGUGCCGGUGCCUUUUCAUGCCCAUCUCACACAUGUCUUGCUUGUGUGGUGGAAACUCCCGGAACGAUACCUCGACCAACUCCCCGCUACAUCCGCUGUUUCCUUUGUCCUGCAGCAUACCAUCCAGGCGACUGGUGCUUACCAGCUGGGAGCAAAGAGAUUGCUCCAAACUGGAUCAUAUGUCCUCGGCACUCGUUGGACAACUACCAAUCCCUCAGUUUCAUCCCUGACAGUCUGAAAGUCCCGUUCCCUGACGCCGCCCUGGCCACCAUGUUCCGAUCCACAAACGUCUCGUGGUGUUUCAUCUGUUCCAAAGGUGGCCGGAUUAUUUGCUGUGAAAGCUGUCCUGCCUCGUUCCACGAAGAUUGCUUGAAGAUUGAUGAGGUCCCCGAUAAGUUCGUUUGUGAGGACUGCAUGAAUGGCCGAUCGCCACGAUAUGGUGAAAUAAUGUGGGCCAGAUUGCCACCCAGUAUGAACUCCAUGAAACACGUCACUUCCAACCCACACUCCUCAACAGUUGGCAUGGAUAAACGGUUACCGACAGAUUGCGCUUCUUUAACCACUGGUGUGUACUGGUGGCCUGGCGAGGUGGUACAUCCUCGUCAUUUGCCGGCCAAUCUAUCUCAUAUGAACGCAAUCACGGGUGGAGCAAUUUGUCAAACCAUGUCAAACGAACCAAGUGACACCCAAACAGUCCCGUAUGAUCGCGCUCUCGGAUUGUUCCCACUACGUCUGUUCGGAUUGUCGCACACGCGUUGUGACGAAGCUGGGGGCCAGUCCGUAUAUCCAGUGUUUUUGUGGACAACCAGAGCUCGCCUUUUUCCUUACGAGGAGGGAGAUGACCAACGAGGAAAUAGUUCAAGUUCUGACUCCAGUGACGACGAGUCUGGCGGAAAACAUCGUCGGCGUAGCGGUUGUAUGGACGAUGGUGAAGACGAGGAUCCACUGCUGCAGUUGGGGCCCAACAGCAAUGAUGGUUCCUCGAAGGAAAACCAACAGCCCUCUUCGUCUCCAUUGAAACAGGAUAAAACGUCGUCUUCUCCCCCCACACACCCUACCUCCAAAGCACCGGUGAACGUUCCCAAUCUGCGACCUCGUUCAACCCGAUGUCAGCGCUUACGUCCCUCGAAAGACGGAAAGGCAGCGAAGCGGUUGGAUCAGUCCUCUCUCGAUCCUGCUCUAGCUGCGAAACGCAAAGAAGUCUAUGCUGCGGCCGUAAAGCAGGCAGCUGAUGGUUGGUCGGGCAGGCACGACCGAUUCGGUCAACUUCUGGGUCGGACACGGAGACCCGAUUAUUACAAACCGAUUAAGGUGAACUGGCCUUUGGGAUCCGUCCGUAUCUAUCGACUAACCGACCCAAGCGAGGCACCUCGUUGUGAGUGCAAACCAAACUCAGGAGGGGAACCAUGCGGUCCAUCCAGCGGAUGCAUCAACCGCGAGCUUCACUAUGAAUGUCUACCCAGUGUGUGUCCAAACGGAGAUGCGUGUCAGAACCAACGGUUCACCAAACGGCUGUAUCCGCGGCAGCGCCCGUUCUGGACAGGAAGCGAGCGCGGUUGGGGCUUGAAGACACUGGUACCCAUCAAGGCGGGCUCAUUUGUCAACGAAUACAUUGGCGAUUUGAUCGACGAAGAGGAAGCGAACCGACGUCUGCGAUUCGCUCACGAGAACAAUGUCACAAACUACUAUAUGAUGAAAUUGGAUGCGCAACGCAUUAUUGACGCAGGCCCAAAGGGCAAUCUGUCGCGGUUCAUGAAUCAUUGCUGUGAUCCGAAUUUGAAUACACAAAAGUGGACCGUAAACGGGGACAAUCGAAUAGGGCUAUUUGCUGUGCGUGACAUAGCAGCUGGUGAAGAACUCACGUUUGACUACAACUUCGUGGCUUUGGGUCAAGAACGCCUCAAUUGUCGUUGUGGAGCUGAAAACUGCACAGGGUUUCUCGGUGCAAGCACAUCGGCAAAUGGUCAACGAAACGGGGACGAUGAGAACCCAUCAGAGGCGGCCAGCACUUCUCGUGGGAGGCGGAAGGAGGCGGCUAACACAGAGCCAAAUAAGUCCACUAAUGGGGUUGAUACCAAUGGAGGUCGGCCACACUCAUCUGGUGCACCCGGACUGUCUAACUCCAUCACGCCGUGCGCGCUGGUCAGAGAGCUACGCCACGAACACCUCUGUUAUCGAUGUGGCAUGUCUGAACCGCCUGUGAAACAAUCGGUUGAUGCAGUUGAUGGAAUCAUUGUCAAAGCCCCCGGGGUGCAAAUCAAACCGCACCCUACUACUAAACGCGGUCUUGAGCGUGAACUGGAGGAACUAGUGGCUGGUGCGGUAAGCUGUUCACCGGUGAAAGAUCUCACCGCUAGUCGGACAGCGAAGCGUAUUCAGUCCAACAACCCCUCCAAACAGAAUGUGGGAGCACCGGAGACCUUGGGGAGCGUGGAUGACAAUGCCAGUGCUCCGGAUGUAUCCUCAGGUCUUGUUUAUUGUACAAAGUCAGAUUGUCCCAAAGUGUUUCAUCUUCAAUGCCUUGACUUGGAUGCUGCUCCUUCAGGUCGUUGGUUCUGUCCCUGGCACCAUUGUGACGCCUGUGGACGACCUUCGCAUGUGUUCUGCUGCCUUUGUCCCUCGUCUUUCUGCCUGGCUCAUGUGGAAGGAAGCAUAGCCGUCCUCCCCCCAAUCAAAAUGCACAAACAAAUGAUCACUCGUCGUUCGACAAAGAUGGAAGCUUCUUCUCGUAAUGAAAAGUGCUCACGGCAUUCAAAGAACGCGGAUAUCGCAUUAGCGACAUCGUUGGCUAGGGUUGUCUGCAUGUCUCACAGUGACGCCAUCCGUCAGGCCAACGAAAGUCCCGUGGGCACUCGAAUAACCCAUGGUUCUAGUGCUCGAAAACCGCUGACUUCCGUUGAACCCUCCUUCAACUGCAUGGAUUCACAUACUGGUUCCCACCAGCUACGGACUCGCCGUUCUGACCUCCCGGGUGCUCUGGACGCCUCCAAUGAGACUAGCGCACCGCGUAAACGUUUCUUCUCACUUCGUUCACCCUCGUCUGCAACUCGCGGUUCACGAAGCAAACAACCGGGCACGUUUAGUCUAAAAGCCAAAACGGACAGUCCGAACAUGCGAACGCGUCCGCAGAUUCCGGAAUGUGUGAAUCCUUUGAUCAGCCCUCAGAGUAUAUUGUGUAUUUCGGAGGAGGCGAAUUUACUGACCGAAAGGUCCGUGGUUCGAGCCCGACCUCUGCAUCUCGAUUUCCCCUGUCUAGGCUUGGGCAGCCUGGCAGUAUCCCAACCCUUGUGCUGCCUUCGGGUGGCGUGGCAGCUGGGCACCGAAAGAGCGUUUCAGCUGAACGACUUUUUUGUGCCAAACACUUGUGUGGCUCCAAGGACUACUGCUGAGACUCACUCCGGGGUAAUUUAUGGGACUUUUGUGGUUGAUCAUGUUGACAGGACUUUCACGACCGCAGCAAAAGGGUAUCAGUAUAAACAGUUGGCUGGUGGGAUCGUGUGA